CAAAAAGAAAAACACAGGUGUGUAAGGUGGACCAAAUUUCUACGAACAAGUAAAAAGCUAGGUAUUCUGCUAUUCUUUGGAUAUAAAAUAUGAGUUACAUCAGUGUGCGACACUAUCCGGAAAGCGGCCAUACACGGCUCUAGUAUUUUGAAACCACUCGCCACUUGUUAGCACGCCGCAUCCCGUAAAGGUAGAGAGAGGGUAGGAGACCUGCUGUAUCAGCAGAUCGAAUCUGCUUCUGCUGAUUUUUCCUGGAAGUGUUGACAGUCAGCGAGCACGAACAGUUGCGGCGACCAGACCAGGUCUACUAGAAUGUCAGCUCUCUGUCUCGAUCAGUGAGUUUUCUGACAGACGCGAGUUCGUGUUUCCUCUAGCGCUGCAUUGACAUGGCUGUGCUAUUAUUCUCUAAGUAUUGCUCUAUCAUCAGACCGCAAACAUAUUUUUUGAAGCUACUUCCUCCUGUUAAGAGCAACAUAAAUCGAAUUUCUCUAAGGCAACAGAUUCACACUCAAAAUGUCAGACCAUUCGAUGACAUUCCUGGACCAAAAUCUGGUGAUCCAGCCUACAACCAUGAAAGACUAGACAAAGCUGGACUUGAAAAAUAUUUGAAAUAUGGACCAAUAGUUCGUGAAGAAGUUUCUCCUGGUAAUAAUAUACUGUUAAUUUUUGAUACAAGUGAUAUUGAACAGCUGUCUCUUUCUGAAAAUUCCUAUCCGUCUCGUCGAAGUCAUCUAGCAGUGGAGAAAUUUCGUAAAAGUCGACCAACAAUUUAUAAUUCAGGAGGUCUUCUUUCAACGAAUGGUGAAGAAUGGUGGAAAUUGCGGAGAGACUUUCAGAAAGGUUUCAGUGCCCCACAGGCUGUGCGGGCAUAUCUACCAGCAGUUGAUGAAGUGAUUCAAGAAUUUGUAACUGCACAACUUUGCCAACCAUGUGAAGAUUUUUUGCCCUUACUCUCUCGACUUUCUCUUCAGUUGACAUGUCUGGUUGCCUUUGAUGAAAAAUUUGACUGCUUUUCACCAGAAGAGAAAAGAUCAGAUUCUCGCUCAUCCCGUUUGAUGGAAGCAGCUUCAACCAUCAACAGCCUAGGUUUUGUGUAUGAUAAUGUAGAAAGUUUGAGGCUCUCUAUAUGGCCCAAAUUAGAGGAUGCUUCUUUGUUUAUGGAGGAAGUUGCAGUUGAAUUUGUUCAAAGAAAGGCAGAAUCUUUGGCUAAUUCAAGGCAGCCAGCUGAGAACUCUGGAUGUGUUCCCUCCUUGUUUGAAAGAUAUUUGACUUCUCCCAAUUUUGAUUGCAAGGAUGUAAAUGGAAUGGCAGUGGACUUACUACUUGCUGGGAUUGAAACUACCGCCUAUACUGCUUCAUUUGCUCUUUAUCAUCUAGCAAGGAAUAGUGAUGCUCAGAAAAAACUACAGCUGGAGGCCCAGACUCUUUUGCAGUCAGCUACUCAGCCCAUAUCAGGUGACAUUUUGUCUGAGGCAUCCUACGCUCGUGCUGUUUUGAAAGAGGUUUUCCGAAUGAGUCCUAUUUCAAUAGGUGUGGGCAGGCUUCUUAAUAAAGAUUUAGUUCUAUCUGGAUACCAAAUUCCUAAAGGGACUAAUGUUGUGACUCAAAAUCAAGUCGCUUGCCGCUUAGAAAAGUAUUUUGACAGACCCAAUGACUUCUUGCCAGAGAGGUGGUUAAAAGAAUCGCCAAGACAGGAGAAAGUGAACCCUUUCCUUGUUUUACCAUUUGGUCAUGGGCGUCGCUCUUGCAUUGCUCGACGUUUAGCUGAACAACAGCUGUUAACGUUUCUCCUAAGGGUUGCUCGGACACAUUGUGUUACAUGGAAUUCAUCAGAACCUUUGGGCUGCAUUUCUGUACCCAUUAACAAACCAGAUCAGCCUGUAAAACUUGUAUUUUCUAGAUUGUAAAAGUAUUUUUAAUGCAUGAAUCCUAUUUUUUUUUUUUUUUUUUGUAAUAAAAAUAUUUGAAUACUAUA